AUGUUUAUCCACGUGCCACCAAAUCAUCUCUGCUACUCUCCGCGGUGCCAGCUCAAGGAGCAGCUUUGGGAAGCACAAAGCUAUCCCUGCGAGGUCCAGGGUUGGAGCCCAAGCCGGCCAGUGUUUCCACGCCUCCUCCCGGCGAGGGGCAAGUCCAGAGGACUCACCCGGAGGCCACCCCUCCCUCCAGGAGUACCACGUUUCCUGUCAAAACAAACCCGAGGAGGAGGGGACGGCGGAGGCAGAGCCGAGUGCCCGGGAAACCCCGGCAACAAACCCCAAACACUCGCCGCGGGCCCCGCCCGGCCGGGGAAGGGGCCUCCGCAGCCCCGGUGGAAAGCCGCCCGCGGAGCAGGCGCUGGCCCCGGCCCGGCGGGCUGUGAGCGGCGCCGAAAUGCCCGGACCCCGCCGCCUCAGGGUCCGGCAGCCCGCGGCCACUCGCGUGCGCGUCCCGCUCCCACGCGGGACGGCAGUUCUAGGUCAAACGGGGACAGGGACGGGGUCGGGGUGAGGGGUCAAGCUUGUUGGUUCCUGGGCCCCGCGGUCUCAGGACGGCGUUCCGAGGUGGAGCGGGGAGGCCUGGGCUGCCCUGGGUUGAGCUGUCCCCUCUCGGGCCCUAGCUCAUUACUUCACAGACCGAGACCCCUCCCCGGGGAAGGAUACGCACCGAGUCCGGCGCGGAGACAGGAGGAAGGAGACGAAGUGCCCCGAAACCAGGGGUCUCAGGGAGUCCCCCAACCAAGCGCCGCACUACCUCGGAACUCCUCACCUCAACAACUCCAGCCCCUCGGCACCGUCCCCCCCGCCCCUACACGCGGUAUUUAA